GUAAUAAAUCAGUAAGAGGGGGAGAGUUUCCAAGUCUGUGAUGCCUCAAGUCUAUAUAUAAUGCAUCAAUGUAAAACAAAAAGCCCUGAAAUUAAGAAAAAACCAUGAGAUUUUUAACUUGCUAUGAUAAACUAAGCUCUCUAGCUUAUUGUCUUAUCUUCUUGUAUGUUCAGCUUGUUGCCUCUGGUUCUGAUGAAGCAGAGGCUCUCCUCAAAUGGAAAGCCACCUUCCAAAAUCAAACCCAGCUGCAAAAUCUAUCCUCAUGGACUUACCCUCCCAGUAAUGUCAAUUCCACCAACUCUUCUGGCAAUCCGUGCAAUAUGUGGACUGGUAUUUCAUGCAACACAGCUGGAAGUGUUAACAGGAUAAACCUUACCAAUUCUGUUUUACAAGGUACGUUACACGAAUUCACUUUCUCGUCUUUCCCUAAUCUUGAAUAUCUUGACCUCAGCAUCAAUAAAUUCUUGGGUUUCAUCCCACCUCAAAUCAGUUCCCUCUCCAAACUCAUUCACCUUGAUCUCUCUUCUAAUCAGUUUUCUGGGAAAAUCCCAUCAGAGAUCGGUCUCCUUACAAAUCUUAAGUUCCUGAAGCUACAUGAAAAUAAGUUAAAUGGCUCAAUUCCUCAAGAACUUGGCCAGCUUAACUUUCUUAAUGAACUUGCCAUGUCCACCAAUAAUCUAGAGGGCUCGGUUCCUGCUUCUCUGGGUAGUAUGAGUUACCUGACUUCUCUGCAUCUUUUCGACAAUCAUCUUUCUGGUUCCAUUCCUCCAGAACUUGGAAAUCUUUCUAAUUUGGUUGAACUCUACAUGGACACCAACAAUUUCACCGGUCCUAUUCCUCAAACUUUUGGAAACUUAAAAAAGCUGACCAUGUUGCAUUUGUUCAACAAUCAACUUUCUGGUUCUAUCCCUUCCGAAAUAGGAAAUUUGAAGUCUCUAAUGGAAUUACUCUUAUACAGAAACAAUCUUUCUGGUUCAAUCCCAACACAUUUAGGUUAUCUGGAAAACCUUACCCGUCUCUUUCUCGACGAAAAUAAGCUUUCUGGUGCAAUUCCUAAAGAGAUAGGGAACCUGAAAUCUGUUGUGGAUGUACACUUGAGCAAAAAUUACUUAACAGGUCCUAUCCCUCCAAUUUUUGGUAACUUAAGAAAGCUAAAAGUGCUAUACUUGUUCGACUGUCAACUUUCUGGUAUCAUACCUUCAGAAAUGGGAAACUUGAAGUCUCUAGUAGAAUUAUUCCUUUACAGGAACAAUCUUUCUGGUUCAAUCCCAGCAUGGAUUGGUGAUAUGAGAAAUCUUACACAUGUCAAUCUGUUUGGAAAUAAACUUUCCGGGGCUAUUCCUAAAGAGAUUGGGAAAUUGAAAUCUAUGGUGGAUCUAGACUUGAGCCAGAAUCAACUCAACGGUUCAGUUCCCACUUCAUUCGGUGGUUUGAGAAACUUGGAAGUCUUAUCCCUCCGUGACAACCAACUCUCUGGCUCAGUCCCCCAAGAGAUAGAAAAUCUAGUGAAGUUGACUCUGUUGUAUUUAGAUACUAACCAGUUUUCUGGUUAUUUGCCCCAAAAUAUUUGCCAAGGUGGAUCACUCACAGAAUUUACAGCAAACAACAACCAUUUUGUUGGCCCAAUCCCCAAAAGCUUAAAAGCCUGCACCACCUUAUCCUUUGUCCGCCUUAGUUGGAACCAAUUGACAGGCAAUAUAUCUGAAGACCUUGGUGUUUAUCCGAAUCUUCAAUCUAUGGAUCUAAGCCAUAAUAACUUAAAUGGUGAAAUCUCACACAAAUGGGGACAAUGUGCACAAUUAACAACCUUACUAAUUGCAGGAAACAACCUUACCGGUAGUAUACCACCUGAGAUUGGCAAUGCAACCCAAAUUCAUCAACUUGAUAUUUCUUCAAAUAGUUUAGUUGGGAUGAUCCCAAAAGAAUUUUGGAGACUGACUUCUUUGGUGAAGCUAAUGUUGCAGGGAAACCAACUUUCAGGUCGCAUACCUUCUGAAUUCGGAUCACUGAUUGAUCUCGAAUAUCUUGACCUAUCCACAAACAAGUUCAAUGGGUCAAUACCUAGCACUAUAAGUGACUUGUACAGAUUACACUACCUGAAUUUGAGCAACAACAAGUUUAGUCAAGGAAUUCCUUUUCAGUUGGGAAAGCUAGUACACUUGUCCCAACUAGAUUUAAGUCAUAACUUGCUUGAAGGUAAGAUACCUUCAGAAAUAAGCAACAUGGAGAGUUUGGAGAUGCUCAACCUUUCCCACAAUAAUCUUUCUGGCUUUAUUCCAACGAGUUUUGAAGACAUGAAUGGGUUGUCGUAUGUUGACAUAUCCUACAAUGACUUGGAGGGUCCCCUGCCCAACAGCAGUGCAUUUCGGAAUGCUCUUCCGGAAGCAUUGCAGGGGAACAAAGGACUGUGCGGCAACAUUGGAGCUCUGAAAUCCUGCAAACAUAACUCCAAAAAGGACCGUAAAGUCAUAUUUUUAAUCUUGUUCCCUCUUCUCGGAGCACUUGUACUUCUACUUGUUUUCUUCAUGUUUGCUUUUCUGAUAGCAAGAAGAAAGAAAAAUCAGACUCUGGAACAAAACGAUGACAUGCUUGAAGAAAUUUCUUUUUCAAUUCUAGAUUUUGAUGGAAAAACAAUGUAUGAGGAAAUCAUACGGGUGACAGAAGAUUUUGAUUCCAUAUAUUGCAUUGGGACGGGAGGACAUGGAAGUGUAUACAGAGCAAAUUUGUCAUCUGGCAACAUGGUAGCUGUGAAGAAACUCCAUCUUCUCCACAAUGGUGAGAAUAAUUUUCAGAAGGAAUUCUUCAAUGAAAUAAGAGCACUAACUGAGAUACGACACCGGAACAUUAUGAAGCUUUAUGGUUUCUGUUCACAUAAACGACAUUCAUUUUUGGUGUAUGAGUAUCUCGAAAGGGGUAGCUUGGCCACAACGCUGAGCAAUGAUCAUGAAGCUAAAGAAUUGGGGUGGAGUAAAAGGGUGAAUAUUGUUAAAGGUUUAGCUAAUGCCUUGUCCUACAUGCACCACGAUUGCUUGCCACCAAUUGUACAUCGUGACAUAUCAAGCAAGAAUGUUUUGCUGGAUUCUGAAUAUGAGGCCUGUGUUUCAGAUUUUGGCACUGCCAAGUUUUUAAAUCCAGACUCAACUAAUUGGAGUGCUCUUGCAGGCACGUAUGGAUAUAUAGCACCAGAGCUUGCUUAUACAAUGGAAGUGAAUGAUAAAUGCGACGUGUAUAGCUUCGGAGUAGUAACAUUGGAACUGAUUAUGGGAAGGCAUCCAGGAGAUCUGUUGUCAUCUUUAUCAUCUGUGUCUUUGUUGUCAUCUUCAUCAUCUGCAUUACCUGCACAUCAAAUGCCAAUGGAGGAUAUUUUGGACCAGCGCAUUUCCCCUCCUACACAUCAAGAAGCAGGGGAAGUGGUCUCUCUAGUGCAGAUAGCUUUUGCAUGCUUGAAUCCCAGUCCUCCAUCUCGUCCAACAAUGAAACAAGUUUCUCAACACCUCUCAACUCAGAGGCUGCAUUUGUCCAAGUCAGUGCAUAUGAUAACAUGUGGUGAAUUGCUUGCUCUCGAUGGUUUUACAACCCGAGGGUAAGUUUCUAUAGGUUAAAUGCUUUCAAUUAUCUCCAUCACCACUCGUCAUGCUCAUCCGCCUAUCAUGCCUUUAUAAUUUCUUUGACAUUAUUUGAUUGAUUAAUUUGAAUAAACACCGUAUUAACUCUGUGUUUACCCUCUGAGUGUUUUCUUCUAACCUUCUUAGAUGUUCCCUUGUAGAAAUGUAUUUGAAGCCUACUUUUGUGCCACUCAUUAUUUUUAAGGAAGGAAAAAAAGGUGUAACAGCAUAAGUUAAUAUUUAUAAUCACUUUGUCAGUUAAAUUUCAUGUUUGAAGAGCGGUAAUUAUAGGAAAAUCAGAUAUUUACCUGGCUUCAACCUCAGACAAAAUACCAAAUUGUCAUAUCCCAGAAGAGAAGAACGACCCCUCAAGGCUCAAAAUUGACACCAACCAAAUUAACAAUGAACAAUACAAUACAACAAUGGUGUUCCUCUCAGAAAACUGAAAGUAGUGUUUCUCACAAGUGCAACGUCACAAUAAAAGUAACGAACAGAUUCACAUUCUUAUUCCUAUAUAUGCAGUCAGCUUUCGCUUGGUAUACUCUUGGAAUUUUGAUCAUCUGUUGAUCUUCAAAAUCUUGAAAAAUGCUAGGCUGUUACCAAUUGCUUUCUUCUUCUUUUUUGGGUUUGUUGUGAAAGUAGUUCUGAAAAUAUAUAAGAUAUUGCAGAGACUUUUCAAGUCUGGACAAAUGAAUAUUGUUGAAAGCAUAAAAAUUAUGAAUAUUGUUUAAGUCAUAACUUGCUUGAAGGUGAGAUACCUUCAGAAAUAAGUAACACGGAGAGUUUGGAGAUGCUCAACCUUUCCCACAAUAAUCUUUCUGGCUUUAUUCCAACGAGUUUUGAAGACAUGAAUGGGUUGUCAUAUGUUCACAUAUCCUACAAUGACUUGGAGGUUACCCCGCCCAACAGCAGUGCAUUUUGGAAUGCUCUUCCGGAAGCAUUGCAGGUGAACAAAGGACUGUGCGGCAACAUUGGAGCUCUGAAAUCCUGCAAACAUAACUCCAAGAAGGACCGUAAAGUCAUAUUUGUAAUCUUGUUCCCUCUUCUCAGAGCACUUGUACUUCUACUUGCUUUCUUCAUGUUUGCUUUUCUGAUAGCAAGAAGAAAGAAAAAUCAAACUUUGGAACAAAACCAUGACAUGCUUGAAGAAAUUUCUUUUUCAAUUCUAGAUUUUGAUGGAAAAACAAUGUAUGAGGAAAUCGUAAGGGCAACAGAAGAUUUUGAUUCCAUAUAUUGCGUUGGGACGGGAGGACAUGGAAGUGUAUACAGAGCAAAUUUGUCCACAAUGGCGAGAAUAAUUUUUUUUUUUCAAUUCUAGAUUUUGAUUCCAUAUGGCAACAUGGUAGUUGUGAAGAAACUACAUCUUCUCCACAAUGGUGAGAAUAAUUUUCAGAAGGAAUUCUUCAAUGAAAUAAGAGCACUAACUGAGAUACAACACCGGAACAUAAUGAAGCUUUAUGGUUUCUGUUUACAUCACCGACACUCGUUUUUGGUGUAUGAGUAUCUCGAAAGAGGUAGUUUGGCCACAACAUUGAGCAAUGAUCAUGAAGCUAAAGAACUGGGGUGGAGUAAAUGGGUGAAUAUUGUUAAAGAUUUAGCUAAUGCCUUGUCCGACAUGCACCCCGAUUGCUUGCCACCAAUUGUACAUCGUGGCAUAUCAAGCAAGAAUGUUUUGCUAGAUUCAGAAUAUGAGGCCUGUGUUUCAGAUUUUGGCACUGCCAAAUUUUUAAAUCCGGAGUCAACUAAUUGGACUGCCACUGCAGGCACUUAAGGCCACACGACACCAGAGCUUGCAUUUACAAUGGAAGUGACCGAGAAGUGCAAUGUUUAUAGCUUUAGAGUUGUCACACUGGAAAUAAUUAUAGGAAGACAUCCAGGAGAUGUUUUCUCAUCUUUAUCAUCUGGGGCAUCAUCGUCAUCCUCAUCUGCAUCACCUGCCCCGGAGAUGCCAAUUUUGGACGUUCUGGACCAACGCAUCUAGCCACCUCAAAACGAGAAGCAGAGGAGGCGGUGUCUCUUGUGAAGAUAGCAUUUGCAUCCUUGAAUCCCAGUCCACAGUGUCGUCCAACGAUGGAGAAAGUUUCUCAGCUCCUUUCAUCAACUCAGAGGCUGCAUUUGUCAAAGCCAUUGCAUAUGACAACAUUUGGUGAAUUGCUUGCUCUUGAUGGUUUCACUACCUGAUUAGGAUAUAUGCUGCGUCCGCUGUAUUUCACUUCAUUUGUGUCUGCCUUAUUCUAAUUUUUGUUAGAUGUUUGUACUUGUAAAUGUUCACUACAAGAAAAAAGGUCAGUAGUGACCAAUUUCUUAGUGACCAAAUGUAUAAUGGUCACAAAUAGGGAGUCUUCAUUUUUUUUUUUUCUUUUUCUACAUUAUGAAUCUAAGAAUUAGGUGGUGAUGAUGUAGACAAAGGAUAUGGUUGUAGCAAAUGAGUUAGUGGAAAUGAAGUAGAGUUCCGAUGCAGCAGUUACCCUCGACUUCAUCAAGGUUAGCUAUAACUCUCCUCUUUUGAAGCCAUUUUUGUUUGAACCUAAGAGAGAUUUAUGAAAGUGAAGAAUGAAAAAUAAAAUAA